GCAAGUCAUCUGUCAGUCACUUGACACAUCAGAGACAGUGUAUGCUUCUUUCUCCACUUUGCAUCUACACAGUCUCAAAAUGUGCAAGCUCACUCUAACUGCUGCUCUCUGUUUGAUCAUCGCCAGCUUGGGUUUACCCGGCAUUGAAGCGAUGAAAUCCUCUACUGACCCCUGUGAUGGAAGACCCAAUGGGCAAUACCCCAACCCUGACGACGAACAUUCUUUCCUCUACUGUAUAUCUGGAGAAAAACGCGUCCAACAAUGCCCAGCAAAUUUGGUGUAUAACCCAUCCAUUAAGGUCUGUGACUAUCCCAGUAGUCAAACUGGAAACCCCUGUCAUGGAAGACGAGAUGGGCAGUACCGCAACCGUGACGACCGAAAUUCUUUUCUCAGCUGUGUAGCUGGACUAACCUACGUCCUACAAUGCCCAGCCGAUUUGGUCUAUAGACGCCGCAUUAAUCAAUGCGUCUAUCCCAGGAGAGGUUAAACUACCAGUAGAGAUACUGGAGGCCAAUGUAGUGGGAGAAGAAAUGGGCAACAUCCCAACCCUAAUAAUCAAACUUCUUUUACUACUAUGUAGCUGGACAAACGGCUACAACUCCCAAACCCAGAGCAGAUUAUUGGGACAUAAUCAAAUUCUGUUAAAUGUGCAAUUUCCUGUGUUCUUCAAUGCUUUUGGAUGUGAGGAAUGUAAUAAUGGCUAAAUACCACAUUGUUUUCCUAACUUCACUGUUGUUGUAUAGGAUAUAGGUUUUCGCAACUGUCGUGUGUAUAAUCACACUGGGUGUUUUCUCUUUCGUUUAUGUUGAUUGGUGAAUGGAUUGUUCUUACAUUAUGACACAAAUGUGGCAUAUUGUAAUUAUAUACAAUGAAUCAAUAAAAUACCGCAAUUAUAUCAGA